AUGUCCCAGGGUCUUCUCUCUGCAGAAGCACACACACACACACAUCAUCCCACCUUGUCCCUCUGCAUCUCCUCCCUCACAGCCAACAACAAUCGCAAGCCAUUCGACAGCUUUCAGCCACUCCGCCGCGUUCCUGAAGAUCACCCCAUCUUGAAACACCACUUUUACCACCCAGUGUUGUUGUCGUCACAAGCAAUCAAGAUGUCUUCCUAUGCCGAUGUCGCCGCCUCUGGCCCCAAGCAGUCUCCUGAGGAGGCCGCCGCCCCCCAGCCCCCGCAGAUCAUCCCCAACGAGUCCGUGACCACCUCGACGAGCAGCCUCGUGGACGUCGACUCGCAGUCCGUGCGCACCGUCCCCUCCGACUUCAUGGAGCAGUCGGUCCAGACCGACACGCAGCAGGCGCGCAUCGGGCGCGAGCGCGAGGAGCAGUCCGCCCGCGACAAGGCCCGCCAGAAGAAGGAGGCCGCCAAGAAGAGGGCCGCCCGCGCCGAUAACUGGCUGCUGUCGCGCAUCUCUGCCCUCUCCGACGGCCAGGCGAACGGCCUUGCUGCUGCGAACGUCGCUGUCGUCGUUGGCCUGAGCGCUGCGCUGGGGUACAAGGCCCUCGGCCUGCAUGAGCGCGGGCAGCUUAGCUGGAAGACUGCUGGUAUCGGGGCGGGCAUUGUUGGCGUUGUUGGUGUUGUCGAGGGCGUGUUUGCCCGAUACUUCACCAAGGCUCGCGGAUCGAAGAGCUCGUAA